ACAAUAAUUUUAGCAUAAGAGUAUUAAUAAACUUCAGUUGCCAUUCAACAUGAAUAAUAAUUGAUCGACUCGUUCGAGCAACUGCACGAAACGAACGCAUCAAUUUGCUGAUGACGUAUGCGUCGUCUGCACUGUGUAGUCUGCAAUGGACCAAAAUUGAGAAUGGACACUUCAAGCAAUAUUUCAGAUUUAAAUAUUUCUCCGCUUUUUGCCACGGCAUAAACCAGUCACAUGUAGAACACACACACACUGCAUGCUUUGAUAGAGAACUUUGCAUUCCCUUCCAAACUGCUGAUCUUGCAAAUGUAGCGUACAACUCUUUGAGAGUUGACAAAGAACCCAAACGGAGUUCAACAACAAAAACUCUUUCCUUGGAGGGUAACAGUCUUAAAGUAUCUUUUAAAUCUGGAGAUACUCGCCAAUUGAGAACUGCUGUGAAUUCAUUUCUUGACCUCCUUAUUCUUGUCUCAAGGGCGAUAGAUGAAUUUACACCUGUUAAUUUCAAGUUUGAGAAUGUCUCUUAAAGAUUUAAGUGGACCGAGUGAGACCAAAAACACUCCUGCUCCCUAUAGGGCUAUUUAUGGUUUUGUUCUUUGGCUGGUAUCAUAUGUGUUCUUGAUUAUUUA